CCUUGUGUGGUUCAGAGCGGUAGGGUGGAAAGGUCGGGUCUAGCUGGUGUUUCUCCUGUCUGGCUUCUUUUCUCUUUUCUUGCUUGUGUGAGAGCAAGGGUGUGAGACAUGGAGCAAAGAGGAUGGUCUUUGCACUGUACAGCUUUCGCCCUCUUUUGCGCUUGGUGUGCUCUUAACAGUGUAAAAGCCAAGAGGCAAUUUGUCAAUGAAUGGGCAGCGGAGAUCCCCGGAGGGCCAGAGGCUGCCUCUGCCAUCGCCGAGGAGCUGGGCUAUGACCUCUUGGGUCAGAUUGGAUCACUUGAAAAUCACUACUUAUUCAAACACAAAAACCAUCCUCGAAGGUCUCGAAGAAGUGCUCUUCAUAUCACUAAGAGGUUAUCUGAUGAUGAUCGUGUGAUAUGGGCUGAACAACAGUAUCAAAAAGAGAGAAGCAAACGCUCAGUUCAAAAAGACUCAGCAUUGAACUUCUUCAAUGAUCCAAUGUGGAAUCAGCAGUGGUACUUGCAAGACACCAGGAUGACUGCAGCUCUGCCCAAGCUGGAUCUUCAUGUGAUACCAGUUUGGCAAAAGGGCAUUACAGGCAAAGGAGUUGUUAUUACUGUACUGGAUGAUGGCUUGGAGUGGAACCACACAGACAUAUAUGCCAAUUAUGAUCCAGAGGCUAGCUAUGAUUUUAAUGAUAAUGAUCAUGAUCCAUUUCCCCGAUAUGAUCCCACAAAUGAAAACAAACAUGGAACUAGAUGUGCAGGAGAAAUUGCCAUGCAAGCAAAUAAUCACAAGUGUGGGGUUGGAGUCGCAUACAAUUCCAAAGUUGGAGGCAUAAGAAUGCUAGAUGGCAUUGUAACUGAUGCAAUUGAGGCCAGUUCAAUUGGAUUCAAUCCCGGCCAUGUGGAUAUUUACAGUGCAAGCUGGGGCCCUAAUGAUGAUGGGAAAACUGUGGAGGGGCCUGGAAGACUAGCCCAGAAGGCAUUUGAAUAUGGUGUCAAACAGGGGAGACAAGGGAAGGGCUCCAUCUUUGUUUGGGCUUCCGGGAAUGGGGGUCGUCAGGGAGAUAAUUGUGACUGUGAUGGCUACACGGACAGCAUUUACACCAUCUCUAUCAGCAGUGCUUCCCAGCAAGGCCUGUCACCCUGGUAUGCAGAGAAGUGUUCCUCCACACUGGCCACCUCCUACAGCAGCGGGGAUUACACAGACCAGCGAAUAACAAGCGCCGACCUGCAUAAUGACUGCACAGAGACCCACACAGGCACCUCAGCCUCUGCACCUCUGGCUGCUGGCAUCUUCGCUCUGGCAUUGGAAGCAAACCCAAAUCUCACCUGGCGAGACAUGCAGCAUCUGGUUGUCUGGACCUCUGAGUACGACCCAUUGGCCAACAACCCGGGUUGGAAGAAGAAUGGCGCAGGCCUGAUGGUAAACAGCCGGUUUGGAUUUGGUUUGCUGAAUGCCAAAGCGCUGGUGGAUCUGGCUGAUCCCAGGACCUGGAGAAGUGUGCCAGAGAAGAGAGAAUGUGUUGUAAAAGACAAUAACUUUGAGCCUAGAGCCCUGAAAGCUAAUGGAGAAGUAAUUGUUGAAAUACCAACAAGAGCUUGUGAAGGACAAGAAAACACUAUCAAGUCCCUGGAACACGUGCAAUUUGAAGCAACAAUCGAAUAUUCUCGUAGAGGAGACCUUCAUGUCACACUCACUUCUGCUGCUGGAACCAGCACCGUACUGUUGGCUGAAAGGGAACGGGAUACAUCCCCCAAUGGCUUUAAGAAUUGGGACUUCAUGUCUGUUCACACAUGGGGAGAGAAUCCUGUAGGCACCUGGACAUUGAAAAUUACAGACAUGUCUGGAAGAAUGCAAAAUGAAGGAAGGAUUGUAAACUGGAAGUUGAUUUUGCAUGGGACCUCUUCUCAGCCAGAGCACAUGAAGAAGCCCCGUGUGUAUACGUCCUACAACACUGUCCAGAAUGACAGGAGAGGAGUGGAGAAGAUGGUGAAUGUUGUGGAGGAGCAGCCCACACAAAAGAGCCUGAAUGACAGUCUCCUGGUGCCCCAAAGCUCCAGCAGCAGCAAUGUGGAGGGCAGAAGGGAUGAGCUGGCACAAGGGGCUCCUUCAGAGGCAGUGCUGCGGCUCCUACAAAGUGCUUUUAGCAAAAACCCACCUUCAAAGCAAUCACCAAAGAAGUCUGCAGGUGCAAAGCUCAGCAUCCCUUAUGAGAGUUUCUACAAAGCCCUGGAGAAGCUAAACAAACCCUCCCAACUUGAAGACGCUGAGGACAAUCUGUACAGCGACUAUGUUGAUGUUUUCUAUAACACAAAACCUUACAAACAUAGAGAUGAUAGGCUGCUGCAAGCUCUAGUGGACAUUCUGAAUGAGGAAAAUUAAUAGUGUGGCCCCAAGUUGGAAAUAUUCAUGCAUCCACCUUCCCCUUAGACUUUCCUGGGUCUAGAGUUGUGUCACUGAUUCCUAUGCUUAUAAUGUCCUUGGUGGUGUUUUUACUUUUUCUCCUCAAACUGUACCUUGGGGUGAGUUCCAAAAGGAAAGCCAACUUCAUGAAUGGGUCUCAGCGUUUAAGAAUGUCUUCCCUAUCUGCACAAAUAAAGCAACUUCUUUCUAAAGUCA